AGGGUUUUCCCCGAACCCUAGCCGCACUCUGCUCUCAGUUCCUCUCCCCGGUGGCCUUCUUCCGCCACCAUCCCCGCCGGCGGCAGCCUGCGAGUUCUAUGCCUGGUUUCCUCGAAAGAGGGGAGACAACAUAUUAGCCCGUCGCCGCCGCUUCCUGGAGUUGCAUAUCGCUGCCGCCUGCCGCUGCCGGUUCCCCCAUUAAGAACUCCUCAAUCGAGGUCAAACCCUCGAGGGUUCAUCAUGGCCCCGUCAGAUUGCGCAAUACUCCCGACAAGAGACAGUCGCAUCUUCCGCUUACGGGUAAGAUUCUCGUCGCCCGAGGGUCCCCGUUCUGGCUGGGUUGUAUCGGACACCGUCGUUGCUGGAUGCAGAUGCGCCGUUGUUUACCAUCCUCGACAUUGGAGCCCCGAAAUCAUGGUCGACAUCACAAUGCUGAAUAACCACGUUCUGGAGGGCGAUGCCAAGUUGUCUAUGUCUAUACACAUGGUUUUACUCGACAAGACAGGUUCACCAGCGCCUUCCAUGGGGAGGUCCAAAAAGAACUCUCUCGGAUUUAACACUCUGAUAGCAAGGAGGGAUGAUGUCAAGGCGAACUGUGUGGUCGACGACUACUUUGUGGUGUUGUGCUCCGUGGACAUCAACUGGAUACCUCCAACUUCGUCGCUGGAGCAGGAGCUCCCGAGUUUGGGUCAUGAUCUUGCCAUCAUGUGGGAUAAACAAGACCUCACCGAUGUUUCCUUCGAUGUUGGCGGGGAGAGCUUCAGCGCACAUCGCCUCGUGCUCGCUACCCGAUCGCCAGUCUUCAGAGCAGAGCUCUAUGGCCUGAUGGCUGAGAGCAAGAUGGCAUCUAUCACCAUCCAUGACAUGGAGGCCUCUACCUUCAGAACUAUGCUCCAUUACAUAUAUCAUGGUUCGCUGCCUGAUGCUGGCAAGGUGGAUGUUUCUUCCAUCAUGGCACAGUGUCAGCAUCUGCUUGUAGCCGCUGAUAGGUAUGGGGUGGAGGGGCUAAAGAAGAUCUGUGAGGACAAGCUAUGUUGCAAUGGUAUCACGACAGACACUGUGGUUUCAAUGUUGGAACUUGGGGAGGCCCAUGUCUGCCCCAAACUCAAAGCCAGGUGCUUUGAUUUCCUCACUGAUAGUGACAAUUUCAAGAUGGUCGGAACGUCAAGUGAGUACCUCCGUUUGAUGCAGAACUUUCCGACUCUUUUGGUUGAAGUACGGAAUAGGUUCAAGAUAGCGCAUGGAAAACCGACCAUCGUGGAACCGGGUUCUAACAAGAAAACUAGAGUAAACCAGAAUAUAUUAGGCAUGAUGACGGAAUGUUGAUACAGGAAUGUUUGGUUACUCCAAGCCUGUUACAUUGGCGUUCCCUUCGUCGACUAUCCUUUGUACUUAGUACUACUAGUUUGCAGUAGAGUACUCCUAGUGUAGCUAUCAUGGCUUCAGGUUAUCGUUCAGUUUCUAGAGAAGACAUCCAACAAUUGUAUCCCAGUUGUAUGUUGUUCUUCUGUGCCUGUUUUAUCUAGCCUUUCAGUUUAAGCAACAAUGGCAAGUUGAAACGAAAAUUUAUGCUAUAUUUGUCAUAUUAUUGGCGGAA